AUGAGUGACGAACACAAGACACCAAAUAAGUCUUACGACUCCACUUAUCUCGGGUCAACACAGAAGAAAACAGCUCAAAGACCAUUCUCAAGAAGAACUUGGGAUAUCAGUCCCAGACCACCAUCAUCACCAUUUAGAAGACUUGCAGAUUCUGCUAGGAAACAAUCACCUGGUUCUGGAGUAAGUUCACCUCUUAGGAGAACACCUGCUAAGAAAGAUGAUGGUAAGACAGAUGAAUUGAUGAAUUGGAUUGCGUCAAUAAAACAUAGAGCAAGUACAGCGCUAGAGGAAGAUGAAGAAGACGAAAGAUCCUUUUAUGAACGAAUUGAGAAAGAAAAACGUCAAGUUGAAGCUCAAAAUCAAAUAAACACCGAAGCUUUUGAAAAGCUGGGAUUGUUACUGGAUAAGGAGCAAACAACCUUAAAAUCUGAAUCAAAAUUUUCCAAUAUAUCCAAUCUGGAGAAGGAAUCAUCUGAAUCCGAAGAGGAAUCAGAGGAGAAUGAUUCAUUAUAUAAUGAAGGUUCAGCUAAUGAUGAAGAACCUGCCAAUUAUCAUUAUGAAGAAGAACAAUAUCCAAAGAAUAUCAAUACCCAAGAAGAACCUGUCGAGGUUAUGUCUCUUGAUAGUGAAGAAGACGAGGAAGAAGGUGAAUUUCAAGAAGAAGAACAAGAUGACUUUGACGAGGAGCAAGGUAGUGAUAAUUACAGAGAAGGAGAACAACAAGAUCAAAAUGUUGAUAAUCAAUCUGAAGGUUAUGACUCUGAAGGUAAUGUUAUAUUUCCAGAUGAUUCUCAACUUCUACAACUACCUUCUGAUUCAGAGCAUGAGAUCGGUGAAGAUGAAGAGAUUGAAAUACCAAAAUACGAUGAUAAUGUUUUCGCUGAAGAUUCUAAGAAUGAAUACGUUGUAACACCUCAAUAUCAAAGUGCUUAUUCACACAGUCGCUCCCAACCACAGGCAACUUACCAAUAUCAAGAACAUGAUGAAGUUGACGAAAAAGAGGACCAACAGGAUAACCAAGGUGACUAUGAUGAAGACUUUUCCCAAGAAGAAGACUAUGAGAAUCAAGAACAAGAGCAAGAACAAGAAGUUGUUGAUUUGUCAGAUGUUGAUGGAGAAGACGAAUAUGAUGACGAUUUGGAAGAUGAUAAUGAUUCAUUUAAUGACCAAAAGGAUAUUCAGGAAGAUGCUACUCACCAUCGUGAACCAAACUCAGAUAAUGAUCAACCAACUCAAUAUCAGUUCCAAGAAAACACCGAUGGUUCACAAGAAAAUCAAUUCUUUUCUUUUGAUAUGCUAGCCAGUGCUGCUUUGAAUCAAAUACCGCAUGAACAGUCCACACAUAGAACAAUGACGGAAAGAGUUGUUGACAUCGAUGAUGAGGCAGAUGUUUUGGAAGAAGACCCACAAGACGAUGAAGAUGAAAAUGUGUUACAGGAAGCUCCAGAAGAUGACGACGAUGAAGAAGAUGUGCUACAAGAAGAUCCAGAAGAAGACAACGAAGAAGAAGAAGACAACCAAGAUCAAUAUUCAGGUGAAACUUAUUACAGAGAAGAAGAACCUUCAACAGAACAAGAUCAAGAGGUUCAAUAUGAGCAACAUUCAGAUGCAGGAUAUGAAUCUGAAAACCAAGAUUAUGAGCCAUCUGAACAUCAUGAGGUGGAGGAUAUCUAUAGUGAUAAUGAUUCUGUAAAUGAGGAAGUUGUCGCAGACCACCAUGAGGAUGAAGUACUUGAUCAUGAAAACCAGCAAAUCAAUAUAAAUGAACAAGAGGAGACUACGCCAUCUCAAGAAUCUGAAGAAAUUAUUGAGGAUAAUGAUCAAGAAGUCUCUGAGAAACUUGAUCUAGAAGAGCAGGAGAACUCACCAGAGCCAGAACAAGAACAGGAACCAAAAGUUGAGGUAUAUGAAGAAGAACAAUAUUAUGACUCAGAUAAUGAACCAUUUAAAAGUCCAUCACAUAGUUUGUUUGGUUCGUUAACCGUUGACGAGGUGUCUGCUAUUCAAGAUGAUGAAGAUGAGGAAUUGGUAUACGGUGGUGUAACUUAUAAUACAAAUUCCAUCUUAGCAAACAUUGAACACGAUACUGGAUUCGAAAAAGAUGAGCAAGAGGAAAAUGAUCCUGAAAAUGAACUAGAUUUAAAAGAUGAAGAUGGCCUCGAAGGUAAUGACGAUGUUGACAGAAAGGAAAGAAACGACCAAAUUGUCGAAAAAGAUUAUAAUACCAAAGAAGAAAUAAGCCAAGAAGAGAAAUUACCUGAAAGUAAAGAUGUCGAAAUUGAAGAAACACCAAGAACCAUCACAUCAAAGAGUAGUUUUGCUUCAUUUUCAAACUUUGGUGGAAUCAAUAACAAUUCUACAAUCUCAUUCAAAGAUGCUUCUUUAGAAUUUGAAAAAUCUCUGAGCAACAAGAAAGACUCAGAUGUCACAGACGUGAAUAACGAGGACAAAGGUACAUAUCCAAAAACAGUUGAAUUUGACUUACCUGAUAAGAGUGAUGUUGAUAUUAAAUCUGGUUCAGAAGAAAACGAAGAAAACGAAGAACAGAAAGGAAACCAAAACAACCAACUUGAAGAGGUACGAGGUGUUGUCUCAAGUAUGCUUGAACAGUCAUUAGGUGAAAAUCCUGAAUCAUUUAUCGAACACGCAAAGAAAGGCCAAGAAGAAUUGGUUGAAACAGUCAACAAAACUACACCUGCUGAAUCUUUGAAAGAAAUUGCUGAUAAUAUGAUCAGAAAGUCUUUGGGUGAAGAACCUGAACAUUUGGUUGAAUCCGUCAUUGAAGAUUCGAGUUUGAAAGAUACUGCUGAUGAAGUUGUUAACAAAUCACUCGGUGAAGAACCAAAAGAAUUUGUGGAAAAUAGAUUGAACGCUUUAGCUAAUGCAGAUGAAGAAGAAAAUGCUGCAAAAUCUUUAAGUGAUGAAUCCGAAAGACUUAUUUACAAGGUUGGAGAAGGUUUGGAUAAACUUAACGCAGCUGCACAAGCCAAUAAAGAUAAUGAAGGGGAAGUAUUUUCGAAGAAUAUCUCAGAAGUUGCUGAUGAACUAAUUAGUGAAGCUGGUGAUGUUACAAAAGAGCAUAUAGAUUCCAAAAAGAUUGAAGAAGCAGCAGCUCAUGAUGAUUCCAUAUUUUCUGAAUCUAUUCCAGAUGUUGCUAAGGAUCUUAUCAAUGAUGUCAAAAAUCUUCAAAACGAUAACAUAUCAGACCAGAAAGAGGAAUUUGAUAAUAACCGAAAUUCAGCUAUUGUGAAUACAGCUAAAGCAGUUACAGAUGCCGUUAGUGACGUGGUUGAAAAAGCUAAAGAGGAAGUUGAAGAAGCUAUCGAAAGCUCAGUGAUUGAACCUGAAAAUGCUCUCGAUGUUGAUAAUUCUUUCAAUGAAGCCCUAAAAGUUACUGAUGAUCCAGAUAAAACCGAGUCUCAAGAGAUCAACAAAAAUGAUAAACCAGCAUUUGAUUUUGCAAUUCCAGAUAUAAUUAGGGAUUCAUAUCUUCAAGGUCUGAAAGUUGCUCAACAAAUUCAAGAACAGGGUGAAAACUUUGUUGAAGAACCAGCUAAACCAAAAUUAAACAUGAGCUUUUAUAACAAAGACAAUGAACCAGAUAACUCAUUAGGUGCUAGUAAUGAAGCCAUUGCCGGAUCAUCAUCUGAACAAAUGUCACCAGAGGAGAAACCAAAACCAGAUCAUAUUGCUAACAACUAUGAGAGUGUUAAAGCUGGUAUUGAAAGUUUACAAAAGGAAGAUUCGAACUCUAGUGUUAAUAAGAAAAGAAAAUUAGAAGAGACCGAACUGGAAGAGUCAGAACCUACCGGGAUCUUUCAUAAGAUUAGAAGAUUUGCAAGCUUUACUAACUUUAGCUUAUCACCAAAAAAAUCAUCUCCAAAAGAGCUUCUAGAUGAAGGAGGAAGUUUAAAUCAAAAUUCAGUUACUAAAUCUAAAGAAGAAGCUAAGAAUAUUUUCAAAGCUGUAGAAACUUUGACUGAAGAGAACAUUGAAGAGCCUGUUUCGAAGGAGACAGAACAUCAAGCUACGGGAAUCAAUUUACCACAAGCUGUUGAAGAUUUUGCUAAAUUCACAGAAGAGAAAGUUAAUGAAGCUGUUAUAGAACCUGUCAAUAGCGCUAGUGCUAGCCCUUCCCCAAGAGGGGAAAAUGAGAGUCUGAUAGACAUCACAGAGGAAGCGGAAAAUUUUGUUAGUUUUGUUGAAGAUCAAGUGGAAGAAUUUAUUGAUAACUCUGUUACAGAGACAGAAAUUAACCGCGAUGAGGAUGAACAGGAAGUUGAAUUUAAAGUUCCAGCUGAAGUAAAGAAAUUAGCAACAUUUAUUCAAGAUAAGGUGGAUGAAGCAAUUGAAAAUCAAGUCGCCGGUGAAGAUAUUAAUCGUUCAUCUGAGGAAACAGAGAUCAAAGUUCCACAAGUUCCACAAGAGUUACAUGAUUUAGCAGAAUCAUUCACUGAAAAGGUUGAAGAAGCAGUGGAAAAUGAAGUUGAAGGUGAAGAUGUUAAUCGCUCCACUGAUGAAAUUGAAAUCAAGAUCCCAGAGGAAGUUAAAGAAGUUGCUGGUGUCCUUGAAAACACAGUGGAAGAAGCAUUGGAAAAUCCAGUACAAGGUCUCGAACAUGAAGAUGAUAUAUUGGAAACUUCACAAAAAUCAGAGUCAAAUGAUAUCAAUUCUGGUGCCAGUGGUGAUGUUGAAGAAGACGAUGUUCAAGUUAAUGAUGAUUCAAAUAUCAUAGAUAAUGAUCUGGUAAAUUCAUUUAAAGAUAAAGUUGAAGAAGCUGUUGAAAAUCCAAUCGAAGGUGAAGUUGAUGACAAAGAUGGAGAUAAUGAAGAUGCUGUUUCAGAAAAAAAACCUACAGAAGAAAGCUCUUUCUUUUCAACUAUUGCAGAAGACGCAAAAGAAGUAUUAGAAAAGGCUGGUGAUAUCGUGGAGGAGACAAUUGAAAAUCCUUUGACAACCGAAGAGGUAAAUCGUGAUGAGGAUGAGAUUGAACUGGAAAUACCACAGGAAGUUGAAAAUAUUGCUAAUGAUCUUCAUGAACAAGUAGAGGAAGUAAUUGAGAAUCCAUUAACAGAAUCUGAAAUUAAUAGAGAUGAUACUGAAAAUGAAGCUAAUCUCUCAUCGGAGGUUUCCAAUUUAGUUACAAAUGUUAAAGAAGAAGCUGAGAAUCUAUUAAAUUUUGCUGAAAAUACCAUUGAUGAAGCAAUUGAUGCACCAGUGGAUGAAGGUAUCGACAGUACACACGAUAUUCCAGAUGAGAAGGGCGAAGGUGAAAUUACAGAAGGUCCUGAUCAACAGAUUGUUGAAAAUGAAGACGCAGGAAAUAUUGAAAAUAAAGAACAAGAAGAAGAUGAUGAUGAUCAAGAAAAGAAAGAAGAUGAUGACCAAGAAGUGGAACUUGAAGGAGAAAAAGGAAAAGAAGAGGAAGAAGGAGAAGAAGCAGAAGAAGUAGAAGAAAGAGAUACACUAGAAGCUCGUGAUCCAUCAACCGAGGUCCAAGAAGAUGAAGCUUCUGAUGUUUCUAAAGAUACACCAGUUAAACCACCAAGCUCCAAGUUUGAAUUUUCACAAAUUCCACCUCAACAACCAUACCGCUCUCCAUUUAAGAGAGCUAUUGAUUUCAUAUUCAGAAGAGGAACCAAUGAAAGAUCCAGUACACUGAAAAGCUCCGUUAUAUUGAAAAAUGAAGCUGAAGAUAAAGAUGUUGAAGAACCUGCAAAGAAACGUCAAAAAAUUCAAUCUUCAAAUGAUUUUCAUGAUCACAUAAUAAUGAAAACCAGAAGUGGAAAAAUCGUUGGUGCUAAUACUGAAGCUGAUAUUGAAGAUGCUAAAGCGCUAGAAAAGAGAGAAGAUGAAUUGAUUGAUCGUAUUGCUCAUGGUAAAGUCCAUACUGAACAUGCUGUUCAUGAUAUUGCUGCUGAACAUGAACGUAUUGAAGAACACCAUGAUUUGGAAGGUAACCAUAUUAAACUUGGGGACCUAAAAUCAGACCAAGUCGAGCAAGAAAUUGUUGAAAAAGAAGAGGAAAUUGAAAACACAGAAAGAGAAGAGGAAACUGAAAACACAGAAAGAGAGGAAACACCUGUUCCACAAUUUGAGGUCAAGAUUGAAGAAGCCAAAUUUCCAAAUACACCAAAAAGACGCACAAGAGGUAGAUCAUCCAAAAGAAGUCGUACAGAUGUUGAUGAUUCAGAAGAACCAGAAGAAAAGAAAGAAGAAUCCGUUACACCUAAAAGAAAAGCCAGAUCAAAGACCAAGUCUAGAAGUCGUAAAGAACUUCCUCCAAAGAGUGAAAGAAAGUUAAGAAGUAGAACUAAAUGA